AUGGAUCUGAUGCACGAGGUCUUGCUUUCUGUGAAGGAUUUAGGUGACGACCUGGACGACCGUCUGACGGAGGUGCUCGGCGCGGAAUUCCAGAGGCUAGUGGGUCAGCUGAGGACUGUUUUUGCAGAACAGUUUCAGGGCGGCGGAUUGGGCGACCAGUUGGCCGAGAAAGUGUGCGGCCGACUAGCCAAUCGGAAAUCGGAGGUCAAUUCUGACAAGGCCAAUGACGUCUUAAAUGCAGACCAAAAAUCGAUAGACCAAAAGGCGACAAAACUCGCGGAAAAACUGUCACAAGCAUUAACGGGUCCGUUGGAAGAGGCCGUGGAGGUCGCGGUCGCCGCCAGCGUGCACGACUGCGUCCGUCACCUUGCCGCUGUUCUGACGGAUGCGGUGGAUAACGCCGUUCGCGAACGGCACCAGGAGCUCACCGAAAGCCUGACCGGCUUGCUCACACACGAACGGCAAAAUUCGGCUACCCCGACACCAGCCGGGUCAAGACAACGGGAUACCCGACCAGGGGACGUACGAGCAGGCGGCCGUAAUGGUAGUCGCGGCCGUAAUGAUAGUGGCGGCCGAGGAAUCGAAGACUCAUCGCCCGGCGCCGAGAGUGACGUGACCGAGCCCAUAGACGGGACUCGGGGCAGUCUGGAGCAGUCCAAACGGACCGACAAGGCCGGCGACCAGCGGAGUGGCGGCAACUUCGCGGUCAGUCCCGACCGACUGGCCCGAAGUCUGCAACCAGUCGUGAGUGCGAGUGUCGAACAAGCGUUCCGCCAGCAAGAACGUAAUCUCCUUUCCGGGUCAGGUCGUUCCGGACUUGGUCUUUCAGGAGUCGGUGUUUCCGGGCAGUUAGGAGGGCCCCCGGGAGGUUCAGGAUACGGACUCAAAUCCGGGGGGUUCGUGAGUGGAGAAGAAUACGGCGCCCUUCGGCAGGAAAUAGCGCGGUUGCAGCAGCAGGUGGAGAUCAUAUGCGCUGUCGUCAAGGGGUUGGAGCACAACCUGCUCACCGGCGUGGCAAGACUGCUGGCUGCGGAAGAGCAGCCCAGGCCGAACACUUUGCUUGACAGCUUGGCCUACAGUCAGACAGCGCAGCACGGGCUCGAAACCUCUUACGCCACGCCAGCAGCACUGGACAUCUCUGUAUUCGACAAACGCAACACCGAAGACACCCGCACUGCGAGUAGUGUCAACUUACAUAGCCGCAACUAA